CUUGCCCAUAUCCCAGCAGCAGGGGACUGAUCUAGGAGAGUUGUCGCCCAACACAAGAGCCAGUGCAUUUGCUCAUAAGGCCAACAGGGACAUUUGCCCUGGGCCGUGACGCUGAAUGCUCAGCGGGCUGCUUCCUGCAAGUGGCUGCUUUGGAGAGUCACCGCAGACACAGAGGGUGGCCCGGUAUGAACAGACCCCUGGCAAGGGGGAUGGCUGGAAGGUGCAGCACCUGCUUCAGGCCAAGCCAGCAGCCACACCAGGGCGCUGUGGCCCUGCUCUGGGCCUAGCCUCGUGGGCCACGGCAGUGCCUGCGCCCCUGGACUUCUCUCGGAGCCACUUACUUCUGUGGUCACAUUGCGGUCCUGCCUCCGAGACGGCCCCCAGUCUACCUCUGUCUCCACAGGGUCCUCCCCGACCGCGGCCGCCCGCCUGCAUUUCAGGAAGGGCUCUGAAGGCAGCCUGGUCCCCACGUUUGGGAGGCACGUCAGGAUGCCGGGCUCGGCUGCGCACACAUCCCGUGGCCUCUCUCCCGCAGCAGGUGCCGGGCCUCCGGGUGUGCGCCGCACGGCACCGGCGAGGACCUGCGGCGAGCCGGCAGGGCGUCGAGGCUCACCCGGAGGCGCCGCUCUAUCUCAAGGACCACCGCGUCUCCACGUUCAAGAACUGGCCCUUCCUGGAGGGCUGCGCCUGCACCCCGGAGCGGAUGGCCGAGGCGGGCUUCAUCCAUUGCCCCACUGACAACGAGCCCGACUUGGCCAAGUGUUUCUUCUGCUUCAAGGAGCUGGAAGGCUGGGAGCCAAGUGACAACCCCUUAGAGGAACAUAAAAAGCAUUCGUCUGGGUGUGCAUUCCUUUCUGUCAAGAAGAAGCUUGAAGAAUUAACCCUUGGUGAAUUUUUGAAACUGGACAAAGAAAGAGCCAAGAACAAAAUUGCAAAGGAAACCAACAGCAAGCAGAAAGAAUUCGAGGAAAAUGCCAGGAAAGUCCGGCAAGCUAUGGAGCAGCUGGCUGCCUUAGAGUGAACCCUGCCGUGGUCACCUGGUCCCAGGCCUGUCCCCCGUGUUACUGCCUGUCUGUGGAACUCCUACGGGUACCUUAGGAAAGGAGAAUGCUUUCCUAAGGUACUUGUAGGAAUUUUGAAAUUGGACGUUUAGACUGAGUUUUGUUUCUCCUGAAGUGGCAUCAGCGCCUCUCUGCUUGUGUGGCGGUGCUGCCUGUGACAGUAGCUGUGCCUCUCCCUCAUAGGUGGCUCUUGCUCUGUUGAGCCCUGGCUUGGAGGCAAGAGUGGGGAGGAAGAGGGCAGAGUCCCUGCGACUAGACCUGAUGGGCAGCGGAGGAGGGCAGAUGCCUGCACAGGAGUUGCUGAUCUUGGUGUUCCCAAUAACCUGUGAGCCGCUGGCUGCUCGUAACUCUCCUGUCUUUCUGAUGUGACUCCUCCUACAGGGUGAUGGAAUAAAUUAAUUUUUAAAAAUGGAUUUAAAAACUUCUCUCGAGGAAACUGGUUAUGUUUGUUUGUUUGUUUGUUUUAAUUUUUAAUAUUUAUUUUAUUUUUUUUAGUAUUUGGCGGACACAACAUCUUCGUUUGUAUGUGGUGCUGAGGAUCGAACCCAGGCCGCACGCAUGCCAGGCGAGCGCGCUACCGCUUGAGCCACAUCCCCAGCCCUUAUGUUUGUUUUUUAAAUAAGUAGCUUGUUUAUAUUUUUUAUGGUCUUAUAGGGUCAUAUUCAGGGACCUGGAGCUUCAACCCCAGCAUGGACUAAGUGGAGUUUAGCCGAUAGUAAUAGAGCGUUUUGGGGACCCUCCUGGCCUGGCUUGGAGCACUCCACAGUGCUGCCUCCCCGCCGCAGCCAGGCGUCCUGAGCCACAGUUUCUCCUCCAUCACACCUGGGCUGCUCCCACCCUUCACUUUUUCUUUUUUCCCAUAGAUACAUGCUUUUUGUUU